UCAUCCCAUGGACUGCUCCCCCUCCCCCUCGACCUCGACCUCCUCCUCAACCGCCUCAACCUCCUCACUACAUCCUGCCAGCCUCGUCGACUCCGCUGCCCAUUCACCGGCUCUCUUGGAGCUCGUAAACUUCAAAAUAUCUCGGCCCGUAAUAGAUUACCUUGUUGACUCCGUUGCUGAAACAGUCGAUUUUGCCAUGGGUCGUCCCUCACCAUCGUUUACCCGUGGCCGGCCUACAACACGCCGCCCAGAACUCGCAGACUUCACUUCGUUCGCCACCACAGUGUUGAGCCGCGCAGAAGUCACGAUGCCAGUUGUUCUGACUUCGCUUGUCUACAUCGACAGAGCCAAGCCUCAUCUUCAUAUAGCUCUCGAGGAGUGGGCCCUCGAGAGGGUGUUCUUGGGUGCAUUGAUAAUCGCGUCCAAGUAUCUUAAUGAUUCGACACUGAAGAACAUUCACUGGGCCAUGUGCACGGGGGUAUUUGGGAAACGCGACAUUGGGCGGAUAGAACGAGAGUUCCUUGAUGUUCUUGACUUUGAGCUGAGUGUCUGUGAAGCAGACCUGUUGAGCCACCAUGCGGGUCUUACUGCGGCUGUCUCCCCAUCACCGUCACGCCACUCCAUCGAACAAGCCUCACCCCGCUCGCCUCUCAAAUCUCACCAUCAACGAUCCUCCGUUCCCCCACUGCACCCUUCCAGUCCAGAAUCCUCCGACAGUUCCUCUUCACCAGAGACGCCUUCAACUCUUAACGAGUCUUCACCGGAGUCUUACCAUCCAAAGAAACUGCAGCCAGCCCACAAACACUCUGCCUUUUCCGAUAUCCUGCGUUCUCUCCCCUUGCCCAUACCCCAUCGUCACCAUUCACACCAAUCACACUCACGGUAUCCUGUGCGGAUGAACGCAUAGUACUUUUGAGUUUAUUAUUGCUGUAUUCUGAAAAAUCUUGCAUUGGUGGUUUGGUUCAUAUGUACACCUUCGAUUUCACGCCGCAUACUCAUGGUUCAUUUUGACCUGUCAUAACAACUUUAUUUAUCGCAAUCAUCAUACUUCGUUUAUAUCUGCAUGUACAUAUCAUAUAUUAUCCAAGUAAUUGUCACCGUAGGGGUGU